CGGUAACCAGGGAAAGUUGUUUACAAAGGAAACGGGUCACUUGCCAUUAAGUGAUACUGUGACACGUCUUUUUAUUGAUAUCAUGAAGUAAAUGGCAACUCUAUAUGUACCAAGUGCAGUGAAUUUGAGUGUUGGUUGUUGUUUUACCCUUACUUUGCGUAUAUCUGGUAUAGGUAGGGAUAUCACAAGGAGAUUAGAAUGCCUGCCCCUACCAUGAAAAAAACUGUGGUUUGUUACAUCUGUGGUAGAGAAUUUGGUUCCCAGUCGCUGUCUAUUCAUGAACCACAGUGUCUAAAGAAAUGGAAGAUUGAGAACGAAAAGUUACCCAAGUCCCAAAGAAGAAAGACUCCUGUCAGACCACAGAUUUUACCAUCUAUUGAGGGAGGGACAAACAAUGAGAGAUUCAACGAAGCAGCUUGGCAGAGUGCCCAAGCUCAGUUGAUUCCUUGUGAAAACUGUGGCCGAACAUUUGCACCUGAUCGGCUCCCGAUUCAUCAGAGAGGGUGCAAGCCAGGUAAAUCUAUGCAACCAUCAAAAGGUGGAACAGGAGGUGCCACAGAUAAAGGUGAUCGCCCCAGAACAACAACCAUCACAGACCCCAAAGUCGUAAAGAGUGAAAAUUCUGUAGGAAGUACAACUGUAAGGGUCGAGAAUCCACAAGCACCCAAACUCGGUGUCGAAAAGGAGGGAACAUUUACCUCACCAAACAAAGAUCCCCCUAUGGAAAAAGCUCCACCCAAUCCUGGAUUUGUUCUGUGUUAUAUUUGUGGGAGAAAAUUUGGAACUAAAUCCAUCAGUAUACAUGAACCUCAAUGCUUAGAAAAAUGGAAGAAAGAAAAUGCUCUGUUGCCAAAAAGUCAACGAAGAAAGUCUCCAGUGAAACCAGAAAUUAUUGGGAAAGGAUCCAACAAUAUUGAGGCCAUGAAUCAAGCUGCUUGGCAGAGCUCCCAGGCUCAGUUGCUGCCAUGUGAUAGAUGUGGACGGACAUUUGCCCCUGAUAGACUGGCUGUACAUCAGAGAGCUUGUAAAGCCCCAGGGGGUGCCAAAGGUAAACCCUCUGCUGCCACUUCUACAGGUGGGGUUACCCCAAGUAAUACACCAGGGGGAAGUAGUCCAUCACCCAAGAAAACAAGUGCCCCUCCCCAGCCACAGUUUGUCUUGUGUUACAUCUGUGGACGAAAGUUUGGAUCUAAGUCAGUUGCAAUUCAUGAACCUCAGUGUCUUGAAAAAUGGAAGGCGGAGAAUAGUAGAUUGCCAAAGGAGCAAAGGCGGCCUGUGCCCAAGAAACCGGAAGUGUUGCAGUCCGGAGGGAACUAUGAUAUAGAUGCUAUGAAUGAAGCUGCCUGGCAAAGCUCCCAGGCACAACUGAUACCCUGUGAUGGGUGUGGGAGGACAUUUGCUCCAGAUAGACUUGCUGUCCACCAGAGAGGCUGUAAGGGAGCAGGAAAAGGUACUGGUAAACCUGGAGGGGAGAAUCCUGGUACUACAUCCUUUGGAUCCUCAGGACCUGCUAAUACUUCAGGGAAGGGAGACCCCAAGGGUGGAGCCAGGACUGUGGUCUGUUACAUCUGUGGAAGGGAGUUUGGCACCAAGUCUAUCUCUAUACACGAGCCUCAGUGUCUGGAGAAAUGGAAAAAUGAGAAUAACAAGCUGCCGAAGGAGAGAAGGCGACCUCUUCCUAAGAAACCUGAGGCUGGUCAGGCGUUGUCUAGAGAGCAGAUGAAUGACUUGGCAUGGGAGAAUGCUAAAAGUCAGUUAAUUCCAUGUGAGAAUUGUGGGAGAAAGUUUGCUCCAGACAGACUAGAUGUCCACCUGAGGGCAUGUAAACCCAAGCCAGGUCAAGGUCCCCCGAAAGCAGCCCAUGCUGAAACAUCUAAGCCACCUCCAGUGGUACGUAGACCUCCAACCAUGGUAUGUUACCUCUGUGGUCGAGAGUUUGGUACAAAAUCUAUCUCAAUCCAUGAACCUCAGUGUUUGGAAAAGUGGAGAAUUGAAAACAACAAACUCCCCAAAUCACAACGAAGGCCUGAACCCACAAAACCUGAAGUUCGAAAAAUUGGAGCCAAGGGAUCCUAUGACAUAGACGCCAUGAAUGAGGCUGCCUAUGAAAGUGCAAAAGCCCAACUUCUGAAGUGCGAGAAUUGUGGGCGGACAUUUGCACCAGACAGACUUCCUGUUCACCAGCGGAGUUGUAAACCGAAACCUCCAAAGGAAUAACAGAAAUAGGGCACCUGUCACACCAAGUUGUUAUCCGAUAGAAUUAUUUAUACAUCUAGCUGUUGCAUUCUUGUUUUUCUUUUAUGAUAUUUCAUCUUUGAUAAUUGGCUUUGAGUACACUUUGCUUCAAUUAAUUGAAGACUCUAUGCAUUGCAUUCGUAAAUGCAUUUAGAUGCCUAUAAUAUAAAUGAUUCUGAUUAAGAUGGGUUUUUUUUAUAUGUGUGUUUUUACAAGCAUCUAUUGAAGUGAUUUUUUAUAAGAUUCCUGCAGUCUGUCUUUUCUACACAGUUAAAUCUUGGCCCAUUCACGAACUGAAAUGACAGUUUAAUUCAGUAUGUCAAAAUAUAAUGGACUAGUUACACAAAUUAAAUCUACCAACAGCAUCAGCCAACUGCUCAAUGUUGUGCAUAAAUGCAUUUGGUACCAUGCUCUCAUUAGCUUUUCAAUACAUGAAAAUGAGCUGAUGCAGAUUUCCUUGCCUAUUAUACAUGUAUACUCUAUAUAUUUACAAGUCCAGUGUCUCUCAUAGACUGUCCAUGAUUUUACAAAUAACCAUUAUUAUGACCACCCUACCCCCCUUAUCCUCAGUAUAUAACUCAAUGUGUUCUAAUCUAUUGCAUAUUUUGUUAUAUUACAUGAAGAAUAUAGAUAUAUUUUGCAAUGUAUAAUUAGUUUUGGUGUGAAAUAUCUGUGAUAAUACAAGAAAGGGAUUUUUUGCAUAUGAAAAAUAAUUUCAAAACUAGAUUUUUUUUUUAAUAUUUAAAGACUAAAAGUUUGCAUAUAUAUACAAUGUACAUGUAUGUUCCAUAUUGAAUUGAUCAGUACAAAGUUCAGGGUAGCCUAGAACAUAAUUUUCAGAAUUACUUUAUAAUGCUUUUUCCUUGAUGCUUUUAAUGAUAUGUUUCCCCCAUAUAAUUUAUAAGCAUAGGAAUUAGUAGUCCGAAAUAUCUUACGUUUUCCUGGCUUUUUUUAUGAUUUUGAUAUUUACUGUGCCAACUGGAGGCGGCAAAAUAUACAGUUUACGUAAUGGCGCCGGUUCUGAUGUUUAUCCUGGCACAGUAAAUAUCAAAAUCAUAAAAAAAGCCAGGAAAAUGUCAGAUAUUUCGGACUAAGGAAUUAGAUGUUUUGAGUAAAAUUCUCUCUGUAUGAAUGUAAUAAUUUUAAAAUGCACGUUAUUCAUUUCUCUGUUCAAUGUGAUCUUUUUAAAUCAUUCAUCAGCAUCUGCAUUAACAUUCUAGAUAUGUUUAAAGGCAAAGUUUUUAUCUUUAUACAAUGUAAUCUUCAACAUAAAGAGCUUUCUGUCCAUGUUAUCAACUCAAUUGAUGAAAUGGCCAUAUGGUGCAAAACUUAACAUUUGACAUCCUGAUGUCACAAGUCAGUCAUUAAGUGUACAAGUGUAUAAUUUUCUGGAGAUUUUUGAAGUUGUACUAAAGUAAAUCUUGAUGGAACAUUAUUAUCGCAAUAUUUACAAUGUUUAUUAACUCAAUCCAUGAAAUUGAAGAUAAACAUACACUAGUAUUUCAUGAAGAUAUAUUGUUAUUUACCUAGUCUAAGUAUUUUGAAGUGCUUGAUUAAAUCAUUUAAGCCCCAUGGAGAAAUUGCCCUGUACAUGCGUAAUAUCAAUACAUGUAAUUGGUAAAUUUUCUUUAUUGUGAACUGUUUGAAUCUUUGUUACUGGUCAUUUUCUAUUCUAAACAGUAUUGAUUGAGAUGUCCUUGAUAGGCUUAUCAUGGUGCAUGCAUUUGUUAAAUUACCUGAAUUUAAUUCACAUAAUUAUUUCUUUCUUUUCAAUGUUUCUUCACACACUUGUACAAUUCUAAUCCGUCCACAUUCAUUUGAAUUUUAUUUAUUUAUUUGUUAGAAACAGGCUUAUUGAUAGUGAAUGUUUGAUAAGCAAUGUCACAUCUUAAGCAUUGAUACCUGUUUUAAGCGUUUACCCGAUUAUUUGUUGUUAAAUUAUUUUUUUCUGAAUAAAUUCUGUCUUUCAAA